CCUCCAUCUUGACCUCAGGCUUCCCUUCUUCUACAUUACCCAACCUAUACACAAUGGCAGACCGUCUUAACCAAGUUGCAAACCACCUCGACCCAAAGAACUACUCAUCCAAGGGUGGUCUCCUUGCUGGCCAAGUGGCCAUCAUCACCGGUUCGGGACAAGGUAUCGGUGCCUCGGCUGCAAAGUUGUUUGCCGGUGAAGGUGCCAAAGUCGUUGUCAGUGACAUUGAUGCUGCCAAGGCUGAAGGUGUCGUGAAAGAGAUCAAGGCUACGGGCGGUGAAGCUGUCGCUAUCUGUGGCGAUAUCAUGGAUGCUGAGUUCCCCAAGAAGUUGGUGGACGCUACCGUCCAGAAGUAUGGUCAGCUCAAUGUCAUCAUCAACAACGCUGGUUUCACCUACGAUGGUGUGAUCCACAAGAUGUCCGACAAGCAAUGGGACACCAUGCUCGCCGUCCACGGCACAGGUCCCUUCCGUCUCGUACGUGCCGCUGCACCUUAUCUGCGCAAGAAGGAUGGUGCCAACAAGUGCAUCAUCAACAUCUCCUCCACCUCCGGUCUCCACGGUAACGCGGGUCAAAUCAACUACGCUUUUGCCAAGGCUGGUGUUGAAGGAUUCACCAAGACUAUUGCCAAGGAGUGGGGUAUGUUUGGUGUGCGUUCAUGCACAGUGGCCUUUGGUUACAUUGAGACACGAUUGACUGCCGACAAGGGAGAUGGUGCUGUGAUGAUGGUGGAUGGUAAGGCUGUCCCUCUCGGUAUUCCAGGCCGUGGAAAGGGAGCCGUGAGCGUCAAUGCCGUUGCUGAUAUUCCAUUGCAACGUCCUGGACAGGCACAUGAAGCAGCUGCCAGUAUCUUGCUCAUGGCUUGCCCACUCGCUUCAUACAUCAACGGUAUCACGCUUCCCGUUACGGGUGGUCGUGGUAUCUAGGCUCACUUUCUAGUCUUCAUAUCCUUGGUAGCAGAAUGGUUUGUCUGCACAUGAAUUCUAUCUACUUUGACUUGUAUCAAGUAUCAAAAACGGACAGACCUGGUACAGAAGGUACGUCUAGUGGUGGACAUGGUCGGGAGCAGUAUCCAACUCGAACCAAUCGCCCUCAUCGCUCUUUGCAGCACUUCCCGAUGAUCCAGCCGAUGCCUCACCACCAGCCUCAGAG